AUGUAUGACUACAGACGCUCGUUGCGAUCUGAAGACAUACUCACCCAGACGGUAUGCCUCACGGUCAGUACGUGCUGUCUUGGGAUGCGCUUGUAUUCGAAGAUCUCCAUCACACGAGCUCCAGGAUAUGCCGCCAUCACUUUCGAGACAGACCGACAUGGUAACGGCAUUCACCAAUUGGCUGUCGCUGCAUCUGAUCUAAGAGAAUUCUCAAAGCUUGCGAACGCAUCGCAGGUCCUCUACGGCCCUUUGAUCUAUAUCACUAAGCUAUCCAUCCUACUCUUAUAUCUCCGCCUCUUCGCGCCGUCGACUCGCAACACGCCUUUCUGGCUCAUCCAAACCCUCAUCUGGAUGAAUUUCCUCUUCUACUUCGCCGACACUAUCGUCAAGAUCUGCGAAUGCAAACCUCGCUCCAAGAUCUGGGACCAAGACAUCCCCGGGCAGUGUAUCAACAUCAACAUCCCAAUUCUGGUCACGUCCAUCGUGAACGUUGUUUCGGACUUUCUCAUGCUUCUGCUUCCAAUUGUCUGUGUCUGGCGCUUACAGAUGACCUGGUGGAAGAAGAUGGGCCUGUCGGCUGUAUUUGCAGCCGGCAUCUUUGCUUGCAUCUGCAGCGUGAUGCGUCUCGUCGUCAGUGUCCGAAACCGCACCACAAGGGACAGAACGCAUGACUGGUUCCCGGAGUUCCUAUGGACGCAUUCGUCCCAGAAAGCCAAGGCUUGGGUAUCGAGCAUCGGCACGGGGAGCGCUUCAAUCCAGGUGAAGGGACCCCUUGCCGCCAGCAACCCGGCAAUGCGGAUUAUUCCGCAGCGGCUCUGGAAAUCUGGACACGACUGCACGGGCACGGAGUCGACGGCAGAUAACUACUGGGAGAUGAGGGAUGUUGGGGCUUAUCGAGGGAUUUGCUAUACUACGACGGAGGCUACCGCCAAUCGGAGCGUACCAGAGGGAAUCAAUGUGGAUGUCCCCAAUUCAAGAAAGCAGCAACACCGUCGUCGCCAACCGCAGUCCAUAACCGUCGUGAUGGCUCAGGAACGCUCCGGAAUCGUGGUCGGCCUCAACAAGGGUCACAAGACCACCCCUCUCAACACCCCCAAGACCCGGGUCAGCCGUACCAAGGGCCAGUCUUCCCGCCGUACCGCUUUCGUUCGUGAGAUCGCCCGCGAGGUUGUCGGUCUUGCCCCCUAUGAGCGCCGCAUCAUCGAACUCCUGAGAAACACUCAGGACAAGCGCGCUCGUAAGCUCGCCAAGAAGAGGCUCGGUACCUUCGGCCGUGGCAAGAGAAAGGUCGAGGACAUGCAGCGGGUCAUCGCCGAGGCCCGUCGUGUUGGUGCUCACUAA